UCGGAAUCGAAGCCAAAGUGGUUUAUUGUCUUCUGUCGUGCGGCGCGUUCUUUCGAGAUUCACUUCAAAAACACUUGUUCCCCCCUUUUUUUCCUGUUCUAUUUGCUGGAUAAACAUCUAAUCUUUUAGUGCAUAAUUUAUAAUCAAGAUGACAUACACACCAGAAGGUCCGGAAAUAGUACCCCAUAAAUAUAUAAAGACCUAUAUCAGCCCUCAUAAGAUUUUCCCAGGCAGGCUACACCUCUUCGUUUUGGACGAUACUUUCUACGGAAUACCCAAUGUCCAGCCGGCCUUACUGCCCAAACCAGUAGGCGAAAUAGGAGUGUAUAAGCCCAUGGGAAGAGCGGUGUGCGGUGGGGAAACUGGAACUGGUGAUUGCAAGCUUUUCAGUCAAAGUUUUGGGUAUGGAGAACGAGGAUCCGGCUUCCGUCCUAAAGGCGAAGUCCAAGAUUUCCAAAAGAUUCGAGAACGUUGCCUGCAAUCGGGGUGUCUAUUCGAAGAUCCUGAUUUUCCUGCUUCUGAUUCUUCUAUUUAUUACAGUCGAUCCUGCUCUGGUAGAAUUAGGUGGCAAAGACCUUCCGAAUUAAGUGAUGAACCCCGUCUUUUUGUCGAAGGAGCAUCUAGAUUUGAUGUCGUUCAGGGGGAACUAGGUGAUUGUUGGCUCUUGGCUGCUGUUGCCAAUUUAACCCUCAAUGAUUCCCUCUUCUUCAGAGUGGUCCCAAAUGACCAGUCUUUUGUUAAAGAUUACGCCGGAGUUUUCCAUUUUCGUUUCUGGCAGUACGGUAGGUGGGUGGACAUCGUGGUGGACGAUAGGCUGCCUACUUGCGGUGGACAACUGGUCUUUAUGCAUUCGAAAAACAACAACGAGUUUUGGAGUGCCCUUCUAGAAAAAGCAUACGCUAAACUUCAUGGGAGCUACGAGGCAUUGAAGGGUGGUACAGCGUGUGAAGCGAUGGAAGACUUCACGGGAGGAGUGACUGAAGUGUAUGAACUGAGUAAAGCUCCGCCUAAUUUCUACAAGAUCCUCCACAAGGCAUUUGACCGGUGGUCACUCCUGAGCUGCUCUAUAGAGCCAGAUCCAAAUAUUGUGGAGGCUGAAAUGCCCAAUGGUUUAAUAAGAGGACACGCCUACAGCAUUACCAAAGUUAAGCUAGUAGAGGUUCAGACAUCUCGAAUCAAAGGUAAAAUUCCAUUGCUGAGGGUGCGAAAUCCUUGGGGAAACGAGUGCGAAUGGAGGGGCGCAUGGAGUGAUCGAUCCCAGGAAUGGACGCUGAUAUCAGAUGAAGAAAAGGAACAAUUGGGGUUGAGAUUCGAUGGAGACGGUGAGUUUUGGAUAUCGUACAAAGAUUUCAUGGCUAAUUUCCAACGAGUAGAGAUAUGUAAUUUAAAUCCUGACUCUCUGGAUGAUGAACCCCUGACUAAGAAAUCUAAAAAGAAGUGGGAAAUGAGUAUGUUUGAAGGAUCGUGGACAAAAAACUGCACUGCUGGUGGGUGCAGAAAUUUUAUAGAUACAUUCUGGUUGAACCCUCAGUUUCGAGUAGUUCUGGAAGAUGUUGAUGAAGAUGAUGAUGACGAUUUAUGCACAAUCAUCGUAGCUUUGAUGCAGAAGAACCGACGAUGCAAUCGAAAGAUGGGACAGGAGUGCUUGACAAUAGGAUUUGCAAUUUAUUAUCUAAAAAACCCAGAGAGACUCCCAAAGCCACUUCCGAAAGAAUUCUUCAGGUACAAUGUGGCCACCGCGAGAUCUGACACUUUUAUAAAUUUGAGAGAAGUGAGUAGCAGAUUUAAACUCCCUCCAGGAACCUACUGCUUAGUUCCAUCCACAUUCGAUCCACAUGAGGAAGGAGAUUUUGUUCUGAGGGUCUUCGCAGAAAAAAGGAACGUUAUGACGGAAUACGACGAAGAGAUAGGAAUAGCCAAUCCAGAUGACGAGAAGGACUUAUUGUACCAAGACGACAAAACAGAUUAUCCGAUUCCAUAUAGUGUGAAACUUCAAGAAACGGAAGAGGAGAAGAGUAAAGAACAGGAAGUGAAAGAUUUCUUCGCUACCAUAGCCGGAGAAGAUCUUGAAGUCGAUUGCUAUGAACUGCAAGAAAUAUUGAAUUUUGCACUAAAGAAAGAGCAUGAGUUCGAAUUCGAGGGAUUUUCACUGGAUGUCUGCAGAAGUAUGGUUUCCAUGAUGGACGUUGAUAGAUCAGGAAAACUAGGAUUAGAAGAAUUUAAAAAUUUAUGGAUGGAUAUUCGAACAUGGAAGAAUGUUUUUAAGAAAUACGACGUGGACCAAUCAGGAUCUUUAAAUACUAUAGAAUUGAGGGGAGCUUUACAUUCUGCUGGUUAUCGCUUAAAUUUCCAUGUUCUGAGAGCUUUGGUGCUGCGCUAUGGAAAGAAAGGAAAAGUCACUUUUGACGAUUUCAUUAUGUGCGCCGUCAAACUGAAGACUAUGAUUGAAACUUUCCAAGAACGGGAUCCUCGUAAAACGAUGAGAGCUACUUUUACAUUAGACGAGUGGGUUGAAAAGACAAUGUACAGUUAAUAAGACAACACAGGAGUCUACAUUAUUUUUUCAUGUGUCAUAUUUUCUUGCCAAUUUCAAUGUAUGCUUUCAGUUUUGAAUCUCUGUGCUUCCUUUCUUCCAUGAAGUUUCAGUAUUAGCUACUCUCAAAAUCAGUCUUUCCUAAAUGUUUCUUCUCAAACUCAUUCUAGGUAAUAUUUUAUUAAAUAUUGUACAGGUAUUAAAAGUGAUUAUAAGAGUGUGGAAGAUUUUUAAUUCUUGCACAUGAUAUAGAACUGUGGUACAAUUAUGUCGACUGUAUGACUUACAAUUCAUCUCUUAAGAGAACUUCUGACAUGAAGUAAGAUUAAACUUUUAAUUCAGUAAAAUUGAUAAAAGUAAUUUUCAAUUACUUUUAUCAUUCAUUCCUUUCAGUAUUGUCAUUACUUUGCUUCAAUUUAUACCUAUGUGACCAUUCUUUAAUCAUGUACUAAUUUGCUUUCAUUGUCAACACAUUUUAGCAGUUUUACCAGUUAAACAAAAGCACAACAUUGAAAUAUUUUAAAUUUGUUUUACUCUAUCAAAAGUCAUAGUACAAUUAAAGAAAAAUCUAUAAGUAACACAUGUUAUUAUAAAUUGAAAAAUAAUUUCUAUGACACAAGACAAAAAUGAACACAUCAUAAGCUAGUUUUAUAAAAAAUAUAUAUUCAGUAGACAAAAUAUUUUAGUAGGUAUAAAAAAAAAUAAAUGAAUCAUGUGAUAAGUAUACUUAAAAAGAAAUUCUAAUUUUUUACUUCAGAUUGCAAUAGACUUGCAUAGAAAGUGCUGUAGUACUUAUGAAUUACAAAAAGCUGCUAAUUAGAUAUUGCUGUAAAUAAACAAAAAAUGCCUUAAGUUAUAAAAGAAAUGAUGAAAAGAUGUUUGAAAUUAGUGCCUUGACAAUUCUCUUUUUUAUCUAUUUAACUUGAAAAAUGAUGCAGUUAUUGUUUUUAUGAAAUGGAAGUAUAUUUAUGUUGUAACUAUUGUUAAGGAAUAUUACAUUCAUUUUGAAGCUUUUUCUUCAUUGUUGUUUUUAUCAUUUCUUGUUCAAUAAAAGUUUGCUUACAAAA